UGAGUGCGUCAGUUUAUACUUCGUUCGUCGACGGCCGUUGGACUCUAGGCGAAUUCAGAAAUGGUUGACGAAGAUUCUUUACGUUUUUCUCACGUUUUUCCUGUGUGUCCUAUUUUUGCGUUGUAACUAUCUCCAAGUCGUAUGUGAUCUCAGUGAGUUCUGUCUGGAUUCAUUCCCACAUUUGCAUGAACGGUCGGCAAUAGACGGCAGCUGAUAGAGCGGUAACUGAUGAUAAUACGAGAACAGUGAUAAAAUUUGGAAGAUUAUUAAUUGAUUUUGCUAUAAUCUUCCUUUAAGAUAUGGAUCUGGCUAGGAAUGUCUGGAGGAGAUCCCUCUUCGUGUAUAAAAGCAGUUUGCAAGCUUCCUUGAGAAACGGUAGUACCGGUAAUACUUCAAAUGUUGCUGAAGUAGCUGUAUUUUCAAGGGAUGGUGAUUCUGGUUUGGCUAUCACUGAUGCUGGUGAUACAAAGCCUAAAGAUGACUUGGUCUUUAACGCUCUUGGUGCUACUGACGAGCUUUCCUCUUAUAUUGGACUAGCUAGAGAGUUUGCGUGUGAUGGAAAAGUUGAGCAUCCUUAUGUGGAUAAACUUAAGAGGGUGCAAAUGAUAUUGUUCGAUCUUAGUCAUGCCAUUUCUAAAUCCAUACCUGGAAAGACUAAGCCUUUCGAGAACAAACACACUAAAGAUCUGGAAGAGUGGAUACUGGAAUAUUCUAAUCAAUUACCACCUCCGGAAGAUUACAUCAUUCCUGGUGGAGGCAAGGCUUGUGCAUCCUUACAUGUGGCAAGAACUAUCUGCAGGCGUGCAGAACGAAGUGUCACUCCACUAGUACGGGAUGGUGCGCUAGACAGGGAAGCACAAACUUAUUUGAACAGGUUGUCUGACUUUCUUUUAACCAUAUCGCGUAUUGCUGCAAAGUGUGACGAGCGCACAGAAAAUAUUUACAUCCCUCGAGCUGAAGUCACAGAACAAAAGUAAAUGACUGAUAUUUAGUAAAUUGUGCAGGGCACAAGUUAGAGUGCACUCAACUUACCAAAAGUACCAUGAGUAUGUGUAUUAUCGCUAGAAUAUAAAAAUAAAUCACAAUUGUGGCGCGCUGCAAUACAAUGCUGCGGAGUAUUAAAAGCAGUUUCUUGACCAAGUUACAAAUCUGAAUUGUCUUUUGGCCAUACAAAUUAUCAAUCGCAAUUAUCAUUGUUAUUAAAGCAUUAGAGCUUCCAUAUUCUUUUAUUUUACGAACUACGUAAGCAGCAGAAUAAAAGGUUUUUAUAGACACGAAUUAUAUAUGCUGAAAGAAUUUAUGUCGCAUAAACCGUGAGAUUCAACAGAAAUAUAAUUAGGAAUACCUUAUACUCGUAUAGAAUUUGUUAUAUAUCUAACCAUGGAAAUAGUCAUUACUGAUACUGCUAAGAAAUUAUUUAUCUUGUUGAUUGAUGUUAUUCGUAUACAUGUAGAACGUAUAUUUAUUAAAUGACAAUUCUAACAACUUAAUCUACGAUAAUCGUUUACAUAGAACUUUACGUAAAAUAUAUAUCUAUAUAUAUAUGUAAGACGUAAAAACGUAAUAAAAACCAAAAUUUA